GGCUGAGAACUUGCAGCCUAUGCCUCGUGUACACACUGGGGAAGACAGAGGGAUGUGUUAUAUGAUAUUUAAAGGAUAAAGGGUGAUAUAAUAUUAUCUAGUUGUUUUAUUUUAUAAAUAGCCAAUGUGAAGUAUUUUACUCCGAAACAGUAGGUGGCACUAUUCAAGUGUUGGUUGCAUUCUGCCGUUUAGGCCAAAGAAGAAGUAGAAGAAACGGUGGAAAGAAAACAAAAGAACUUGUUAGUUAUGUUAUUCGCACGAAAGCCAUUUACAACUAUUUAGUCACAUCCAGCAAUAAUUUAGUUCUGGACACUUGUUGUUUCGCUGCAAUUUAUCUAUCUCUUAUUAGUACCGUGUACUAACGAUUAGCUGCUAGCUUAAUGCUAUUAGUAUCAUUGGCUAACAGAAACUAAUAUUAAGCUGGCUACACUUCAUAGAGUAUAAUGACUCGCCACGGAAAGAACUGUACGGCUGGAGCAGUCUACACAUACCACGAGAAAAAGAAGGAUACAGCGGCAUCUGGUUACGGCACACAGAGCAUUCGCCUGGGUAAAGAUGCCAUCAAAGAUUUUGACUGCUGCUGCUUGUCCUUGCAGCCCUGCCAGAAUCCUGUGGUGACUCCAGAUGGAUAUUUGUAUGAAAAACAGGCCAUUCUUGAAUACAUCCUGCAUCAGAAGACAGAAAUUGCCAAGAAGAUGAAGCUGUAUGAGAAGCAAAAACAAGCAAUGAAGAAUGACAGUAAGCUGGAGUCCAAGUCAGAGGAAAGAGAGAAGGUGGAGAAAUUUAAAACCAGAGAGAACAGCAUUGUCUCCAAACCCAUCAACCCCUUCACUUCUGGGCAGAACAGAGGAGGUGACAAGGGCAGCAGCUCAUCAGCAGCAGCAGCAACAUCCUCGGGUUCGGUGGCUUCCUCUAGCCAGAGUCUUCCCAGCUUCUGGGUUCCCUCUCUGACACCUGAAGCCAAGCCUACUCUGCUCAAGAAACCAAGUAAGGCUGUGCUGUGCCCGAUGUCAGGACGACCUAUAAAGAUGAACGAGCUGAUUCCAGUGCGCUUUACACCAAUCGACCCGAGCCUGGACCGAGUGGCCCUGAUCACCCGCCAGGACAGGUACGUGUGUGCAGUAACCAAAGAUGUCCUGGGCAACAGCCUUCCCUGUGCUGUCCUGCGGCCUUCGGGUUGUGUAGUGACGCAGGAGUGUGUGGAGAAACUCAUCAAGAUGGACAUGAUGGAUCCUGUGAGCGGAGACAAGCUCUCUGACAAAGACAUCAUCCCCUUGCAGAGGGGAGGAACCGGCUUUGCCGCGGCUGGGGUGGAGCUUAAGGCCAAAGAGGCUCGUCCAGUGAUGCAAGUCUGACAGAUGCUUUUUUUUUUUUGCAGUUACGAUAAUGUGCCUGUAAGUAAUGUCAAGUUUCACAACCCUCAAGAAGAAAUAAUAUCAUGGUUUCUUAUCUUUAUUUUGUAAAUUACAGUGAUUUGACACCUUGGCCAAUCACUAUUAUAGUGAUAGAAAUGUAAAUAUGAAAGGACCUUGUAAAGUUUAGGUUGAAAGCAUGCCCUUUGUUUUCAUAUGGAAUUGUGAUAGAAAUAAAGGAACCUUGCCAUUG